AUGCAUUGCCGCGUUUUGGUCUCCUUGGCCUUUGCCUUGGGCGCGGUUGCAAGUCCAUGCGUGCCGCCUAACUCGGUCACCACUGAGACGUCUACUUCACUAGAAACGUCUGAGACUUCUACACUAUCUACGACUUCGUCUGUCCCUACCACAUCUUCUACCUCCUCAGACUCAACAGCUUCGUCAACAACUUUUGACUCGGCGACGGAAUCGACAACUACCUUGGCUACUUCAACUAUCAUUUCCAUCACAUCUUCCGCCACGUCGGAUGUGACGACCUCAUCCACCAUUGCUCCCACUUCUACCUCUUCUCCGGUCCUUGAGACCUUCAACGCAAUCGGCCAGGGCGGCGGUACAACCGGCACACCAGCCAGGCUUCCACCUCCACAGUACGGCAGCAUAACCUUAGGCGGUUACAACCCUUCCAACGUGCCAGCGGGUAUCUUUUCUAUCGAGGCGGUCACUGGCGCCCUUAUCGUCGACGGCUCCAAGAUAUGUGGGUUUUACAGCGGCUCCCAGUCAGCUUCGUUGUAUGUUUGCAACGCAACGCCCCGGACCAAUGAGGCGCCCGUCACCUGCAACCAGGGACAGAUGGAUGGAGGCGUCCUGAAAUGCAGUGCACCAGCGAUGGCUUGCAUUGAGGACUUUGACGAUGAAAAUGACCCAGUCUGUUACCCUACUGGUGGCGUUUGGACUCAAUUCGCGGGUUUUCAAUUCCUCGGCAAUUAUUUCUUUCUUAGUCUAGCCUCUGAGACUACUGCUUCUACAGGAGGCAAUAUCCCUAUUGACCUUCUCAUCCAAGCUGUCUAG